CUCCUUGCGACAACAAAUACUUUCUCUUUCUAUCUUUCUUUCUUCUCUCAGUGCUCUGCAAUGGAUCCCGUGAAUGUCUGGGGAAACAGUCCUCUAACAGAAGUAGACGAAGAGAUCUACGAUCUCAUCGAGAAGGAGAAGCACCGACAAUCCCAUGGUAUUGAACUCAUCGCCUCCGAGAACUUCACUUCCUUCGCCGUCAUCCAAGCCCUGGGCAGCGCUCUCACUAACAAAUACUCCGAGGGCAUGCCCGGUAACCGUUACUACGGUGGAAAUGAGUUCAUCGAUCAGAUCGAAAACCUUUGCCGCAGUCGCGCACUCAAAGCUUACCGUCUCGAUCCAACCAAAUGGGGUGUUAACGUUCAACCUUAUUCUGGAAGCCCUGCCAAUUUCGCUGCCUACACUGCUGUUCUCAACCCACAUGAUCGAAUCAUGGGGUUAGAUCUCCCUUCCGGCGGUCAUUUGACACAUGGGUAUUAUACAUCUAAUGGGAAGAAGAUAUCGGCAACCUCGAUUUACUUUGAGAGUUUGCCUUAUAAGGUGAAUUUUCAAACUGGGUAUAUUGAUUAUGAUAAGUUGGAAGAGAAGGCUUUGGAUUUCAGGCCUAAGUUGAUUAUUUGUGGAGGAAGUGCUUACCCUAGGGAUUGGGAUUACGCUAGGUUCAGAUCUAUUGCUGAUAAGUGUGGUGCUAUGUUGCUUUGUGAUAUGGCUCAUAUCAGUGGCCUUGUUGCAGCUCAGGAAGCUGCGGAUCCAUUUGAGUACUGUGACAUUGUGACAACCACAACUCACAAGAGCUUGAGGGGUCCUAGGGCAGGGAUGAUCUUCUACAGGAAAGGACCCAAGGCACCGAAGAAGGGUCAGCCAGAGGAUGCUGUAUACGACUUUGAGGACAGGAUUAACUUUGCUGUAUUCCCAUCUCUUCAAGGCGGUCCACACAACCACCAGAUCGGAGCUUUGGCUGUUGCCCUGAAACAAGCCGACACCCCUGCCUUCAAGGCAUAUGCUAAGCAGGUGAAGGCAAAUGCAGUUGCCCUUGGAAAUUACCUGAUGAGCAAAGACUACAAACUUGUGACUGGAGGGACUGAGAAUCAUCUGGUUCUAUGGGACCUUCGUCCUCUAGGGUUGACAGGUAACAAGGUGGAGAAGCUCUGUGAUCUGUGCAACAUAACAGUGAACAAGAAUGCUGUGUUUGGAGACAGCAGUGCAUUGGCUCCGGGAGGUGUGAGGAUUGGUGCUCCGGCGAUGACAUCAAGGGGUUUAGUGGAGAAAGACUUUGAGCAGAUAGCUGAGUUCCUCCAUCGGGCUGUGACCAUAACUUUGAAGAUCCAGAAAGAGUAUGGAAAGCUACUCAAGGACUUCAACAAGGGUUUGGUGGACAACAAGGAUCUUGCUGAACUCAAGGCUGAUGUUGAGAAAUUUUCAGGAUCUUUUGAUAUGCCCGGCUUCUUGAAGUCCGAGAUGAAGUACAAGGAUUAGUGGUUGUUGGUUCAACUACUAAUAGUAUCAAAUACUUGUUGUUUUUUUGAGUACUUUUGAUGUUUUGAUUCCUAUGAAAUUUCUUUUCUAAUUCUUAGUUGAAUAAUGUUUUCCCUUUAUGUUCUAUUUGUUAUCUUAAUAUUUUACUAAUUCAUGUU